AUGACGGCUUACUACCGAUCUGAUUCCUCACCUUGUUCUCUCCAAACUCUACUCGCCAACGGUGACUUCGACUCUGAUAUGGUCUAUGAAGAUGCGUAUCCAAGCCCAAGUUCACCAGCUACUUUAUCGGCUCCUCCAACACCAAGAACACACCAAUCACCUAUGACGACCACCAUGUUUCCUGCAUGUAACGACGACCCGACAAUGACAUCUCCUCCUCCUCCUCCUCCCUUUCCUGAUCAACAAGAUUCACCAGAGGCAUUUUGUGAGUUUGUCUUUUUCAAUGGAUUUCAACAAGGGCGUUUCUCAGAUAUUGGCGUGUUUUUUCCAGUACAAGAAACGGUCUAUGCUAUGCAUCGAAUCAUCAUGGUGCGAUCUCCAGUGCUAUAUCGUCGAUUGAUGGCACCUUCUAUUCCGAAUCAAUUCCAUAUGAUGAACAUGAUCAAUGUCUACAUACCAGGAUCAAGGGAAGCUUUGCAUUUGGCACUUGGACACCUCUAUCAACCCUUCUCAAUGGAUGAGAUCACGUACAUGAUGCUCUAUAUGCCAUCACAUCAACCACCUGUACGACGCAUAUGCGAUUUGAUUCUCGUCGCUUAUUCACUCGAAUUGCCAUUGUUGCAGCGACAACUCAUUCAACUCGUACAUCAGCACUUGAACAAGGAUACAAUGAUUUCAUGGAUGAAUGAGCUAGUCGGUCAUCACGCCUUAUUUUCACCAUCAUCAUCACCAAAUGACUAUGAGCAAUCAUCAGCAUGGAUACGUACACUGGAUAACAUUAUCAUCUAUUACUUGGUGUAUACGUUGCCUCCUCAAUUAUUACGGACUCUUGGAAAUCAUUCAGAGUGGGCAACCCAUCAUGUAUUUACAGCUCCUCCCUUGUUGUACCUAGGCAACAACCCUGUCAGGCACGGGACCGAGAUGAUACCACUUGGCAAUCUCGAUGAAUUGAUUCACAUGUAUGCGAAGAUACCAAUGUUAUACCUGAAACCAUGCUUGGAGCACAAAGACUUGCUGUCCAGGAAUACGCUAUGGCGAUAUGAUUUUGCAAAACGGGUGCUUUGUGAACGUGAAGGCAACCAACCACGACGAGCGGCAGUAGUACUUGAGUUCCCUGGGAACACCGUAAAUGGUCAAGGCAAUAUUGGUAUUCGGAUUGUGGAGCGACAAACUAUCGAUCAUAGGGUAGCCUUUUGA